AGGACACUUUUGCUUAAUAGACACCUACAUCUUGGUUAAGUAAUACCAUUGUGUGCUCCCAAAUAUCUGCACUUCUCGGCUUAUCGUCUCCGUCAAUCUCGACCAACAAAGUCACAGAUGGCGAAUUUUGCAGAGUCAAGCAAGACCUAUGUCGUAGAACAUCUGGAUCCUGAGCUGGAGCAAUGGUCUGCUCUAGAAUAUGCAGCUAUCGCUAAGGAAAGCUACGAGGCGAAUGCGCAAUUUCUGCUAUCUUCGGUGCCGGAGUCGCUUGCUACCAAUAUCCCUGGGGUUGUCAAGCAGAGCAAAGGUAUCAAAAUAGAGCAGAGGAGCGUAGAAGAGAUCUUUGCAUCUCAAAAGGAGUCUGUCUGCUUGCUGGACCCUGCGGCUAGCAAAGAGCUUAGCCCGGAGGAUGGCGACAAGUUCACAGUCUUUCUGUUCGGUGGCAUAUUGGGCGAUGACCCUCCACGAGACAGAACGUCGGAGCUUCGCAAGAAAGGAUAUGAAGGCCGUCGGCUUGGCCCUGUACAAAUGACGACAGACACUGCUGUCAGAGUAACACGAAUCGUUGUUCAAGAUCGCACUCCUCUGGAAAAGAUCGAGUAUGUGGAUCAUCCGGAGUUGAAGGUCAACAAGCACGAGAGCACGGAGAUGCCAUUCCGCUAUGUCAAAGGGAAGGAUGGCGAGCCUGUGAUGCCUGAGGGUAUGAUCGAUCUGAUCAAGAACGAUUCAGAGAGGGGUUUCGGUGAGCUAUUAUGAAUAGCGAUCGCCAGGCACACGUAAGACGAAACAGGCAUUACCGCUUCAUGAUCGCUGGCCCGCUUGAACACGGACUACCAGCCAGAGUAAUGUUUUGGCUUACUGGGUGUGGAACGUAUAGAGUGCAGCUUUACUCUCGUCUUGUGGGGUCUGGAGAUAUGACUUGGUGCAUCUCAAGCUGACAGGAGAAUGCUGAAGCGGAAUACGUUGGAAGUGAGAGAAGCCGUAGGUACUCUGCAGGGUUUCGUUAGGGGCCACAUACAUGAAACUCGCGACCAUGCCAAGCCGCGUGGCCUGUAUAAGAGAGAUCGAGUAUCAAAUGAGCUAUGACAACGAUCUGAGUGUAGACUGUGUAUGAGAUGAUAACCAUGAGACUCUGAGGUUG